UGGGCGUGGACCGUGGCUCCCCGGUGACGUCACCGAGGCGUUUGCGCUUGCGCAGUGAGCGGUAGAAGGUACCAGAAGCUGUGAGGUGCUGCGGUAACCGGUCCGAAGGGUCAUACCGCUGCCGUGAGUUGGGCUAACCGGCUGACUACGUCCCAUGCUCUUUCAGAAACACAUUUUCCUACGUUCCUGUUAGUGACUUCACUUGAAUUUAACUGCCAUCCUCCCCAUCUUGCACUUGUUCACUAAAAGACAGUCAUCAACUUCUGAAAUCUGAAUCAGAAUGGCUGGAAUCAAGAGGCCCGUGAUCUCUCAGCCUUGGGAGGAGGAGGAGUGCCUUGAAUACUAUGGAAUGCAUUCAUUGCAUCGCAUAUUCGAUGUCAUUGGUUCUCAUCUGACGGAGAACGAUGUUGAGGUGCUGUCUUUUCUCCUGCAUGAGUCAUACCCUUUUACCCACCCACUGGAUCCCCACAUUUGGACCGUUGAAGAGGAUGGUGGUAGUGAGCCAAGCAGUGCAUUACUGGCUUUCUGGCAGAGGUGGAACCGCAGGGGCAAUGCUCAAAAUAAUAUCAAUAAUUUGGAGUGCCCAGAACUUAAAUCCAAGAGUGGGCUUGAGAUACUUCUGGAGCUAGAGAGGAGAGGUGUAUGUGAUGAAAGCAACUUCACCAAUCUUCUGCAAUUGCUAAGAGUGCUAACGCGUCAUGACCUGCUCCCCUAUGUCACCAUGAAAAGACCCCGUACAGUGUCUCCAGAGAGGUACACAUAUGGCCCUUCUGUGCCAGACUCUGAUACGCAGAUGGAUGGAUGCUUAAAUCCGACGUCCUCUAACACCAGAGACGAAAACUGGGAAACAGGUUCUAAUACCAACAAACGGAAGCGAGUAGGCAAAGGAAGAAGUCGCCGCUGCCGCCAAACACUGAAAAAAGCAGUGGGUUGCAGCAAUGACAACGCUAACCUACCUUCUCCUGCCCAGACCAGCGAAAUUAAAGUCACAUGUGGGAUACGUCUGCGGGUUCGAGCAGAAUACUGCCGUCAUGAUUCAAUUCUCAGGCAGAAUGUCCUGUCUGUAAAACAAGACCCAUUGGAGAAGCAGUUUGACCUUUUUAGUCAGUCCAACACAGUGCUAAAAUCUCGGGACCUUGGCUCAAUUAUCUGUGACAUCAAGUUCUCAGAGCUAUCCUACUUAGAUGCCUUCUGGACGGACUACAUGAAUGGUUCCCUGUUGGAGGCACUUAAGGGGGUUUUCAUUACAGACUCUCUGAAGGAGGCUGUGGGACAAGAGACCAUCCAACUUCUAGUCAAUGUAGAUGAAGAUGACUAUGAGGAAGGCCGCCGACUGUUGCUGGAAAAUGUUCCUCAGCUGUCUGGCUGAACUCUGAGAGUUGUGCCAAAGCAUCUUAUCCUACCUGCUGGUAAUCAGGAAAAAGACUCUAGAAAUUAAACAUUUUCCACGGGGCCUGCUUUCAGUGGUUCUUCUUCCCUUAUCUGAGACCGUACGAUGCUGCUCUUUCUGCAGUGUAGAAAGUUUACUUAAAAAUAAAAGUUGGGUUUAGAUUGGGAAACUAGGUGAACCCCCACUGUGGACACUGAAAGGAGGGCAUUGCCAUGGGAGCAAUUCUUUUGUUUCUUUUAUAAGGUUUGUAACUCACUUUUUCUAUAGAGUUUAGAGACCUAAAUGGAAGUUUGGCAUUUUUUGAUUCCAGAUAAAAGGGUUGUCACACAAAUGCUAUUCCUGGCCCUAUAUCUAUUUAUUUUUUUUUUUUUUUUUGGAAGGCUUUCAUUGAGCCUAACUUUUUUCUGUUUUCUAGAUGUAUGAAUAUGGCCUUUUGUUUCUUGGUCUGAAACAAUUAAAGAUUGUCUUGGUGCAAAUCAAAAGGUGUGCAUAUGAUUAGGUCUUGAAUUAAAAUAAGCAGUGUGGCCCUCUGAAAUACCUGCAAUUUAUUUUUACUUGCUGGAAGCAUUUCCUGCAUUAAUACUUAUAAUCCCCACUGUCCGUGCACAGAAACAGUGAUUCAAUUUGUUUCUCAAAGGGAUUGUUUAUUUUUUUUUUUUUAAAUCCUUAAUGCUUCCCCCUCAAAACAAAUAAAUAAACCUCACACAAAAGCUAUAUUGUAAAGUCUAGAAGAAUGUUUAUAGAAAGUUAUGAUACAAUCCAAUAAUUUUCCAUGUGAAAAUGUAUAUGUAAAUUUAUUCUCCAUGAGGGUCCAGUGCACUAUACUUUUUAUUUUUUAUUUGUACUAUGUGACAUUAUUAAGCAUCUCUGUCUGCAUAUAGGGAUGGGGGCAGCACAAUUCAAAGUUCUGUUGUCUAACUUUCUGAUUGUGGCCCAGUCCUGUUGGCUGAAGUAAGCUCAAAUUCACAGGUACAUUGAAGCAUAUAAGGGAUUAAUGAAAAGAUUGGUAAGAUUAUUCUGGAAAUUAAAAAUAUCCCCCUUUUUGCACAGCUAGUCACCCCCUAUAUUGUGUGGUGGUUAGUUUUUUUUUCUCUCUCUCUAUACAGAAUUUAUGAACUGCACUUUGUACUGGGUCCUUUAUAAAAGGGAGAUUUUCGUUUUAACCUGUUAACUUUCAAAGAAAGUUGUAAAUGUUUUUGUAAAACAUUUUUGUCUUGAAAAUAAAAAAAAUAAA